AUGCAUGGGUCUUUCUACGUUUUAUCUUUUCAAACUGUAAGCAAAUAUUCAUUAUUAGUUAUAUCAUCAUCAUCAUCAUCAUCAUCAUCAUCAUCAUCAUCAUCAUCAUCAUCAUCAUCAUCAUCAUCAUCAUCAUCAUCAUCAUCAUCAUCAUCAUCAUCAUCAUCAUCAUCAUCAUCAUCAUCAUCAUCAUCAUCAUCAUCAUCAUCAUCAUCAUCAUCAUCAUCAUCAUCAUCAUCAUCAUCAUCAUCAUCAUCAUCAUCAUCAUCAUCAUCAUCAUCAUCAUCAUCAUCAUCAUCAUCAUCAUCAUCAUCAUCAUCAUCAUCAUCAUCAUCAUCAUCAUCAUCAUCAUCAUCAUCAUCAUCAUCAUCAUCAUCAUCAUCAUCAUCAUCAUCAUCAUCAUCAUCAUCAUCAUCAUCAUCAUCAUCAUCAUCAUCAUCAUCAUCAUCAUCAUCAUCAUCAUCAUCAUCAUCAUCAUCAUCAUCAUCAUCAUCAUCAUCAUCAUCAUCAUCAUCAUCAUCAUCAUCAUCAUCAUCAUCAUCAUCAUCAUCAUCAUCAUCAUCAUCAUCAUCAUCAUCAUCAUCAUCAUCAUCAUCAUCAUCAUCAUCAUCAUCAUCAUCAUCAUCAUCAUCAUCAUCAUCAUCAUCAUCAUCAUCAUCAUCAUCAUCAUCAUCAUCAUCAUCAUCAUCAUCAUCAUCAUCAUCAUCAUCAUCAUCAUCAUCAUCAUCAUCAUCAUCAUCAUCAUCAUCAUCAUCAUCAUCAUCAUCAUCAUCAUCAUCAUCAUCAUCAUCAUCAUCAUCAUCAUCAUCAUCAUCAUCAUCAUCAUCAUCAUCAUCAUCAUCAUCAUCAUCAUCAUCAUCAUCAUCAUCAUCAUCAUCAUCAUCAUCAUCAUCAUCAUCAUCAUCAUCAUCAUCAUCAUCAUCAUCAUCAUCAUCAUCAUCAUCAUCAUCAUCAUCAUCAUCAUCAUCAUCAUCAUCAUCAUCAUCAUCAUCAUCAUCAUCAUCAUCAUCAUCAUCAUCAUCAUCAUCAUCAUCAUCAUCAUCAUCAUCAUCAUCAUCAUCAUCAUCAUCAUCAUCAUCAUCAUCAUCAUCAUCAUCAUCAUCAUCAUCAUCAUCAUCAUCAUCAUCAUCAUCAUCAUCAUCAUCAUCAUCAUCAUCAUCAUCAUCAUCAUCAUCAUCAUCAUCAUCAUCAUCAUCAUCAUCAUCAUCAUCAUCAUCAUCAUCAUCAUCAUCAUCAUCAUCAUCAUCAUCAUCAUCAUCAUCAUCAUCAUCAUCAUCAUCAUCAUCAUCAUCAUCAUCAUCAUCAUCAUCAUCAUCAUCAUCAUCAUCAUCAUCAUCAUCAUCAUCAUCAUCAUCAUCAUCAUCAUCAUCAUCAUCAUCAUCAUCAUCAUCAUCAUCAUCAUCAUCAUCAUCAUCAUCAUCAUCAUCAUCAUCAUCAUCAUCAUCAUCAUCAUCAUCAUCAUCAUCAUCAUCAUCAUCAUCAUCAUCAUCAUCAUCAUCAUCAUCAUCAUCAUCAUCAUCAUCAUCAUCAUCAUCAUCAUCAUCAUCAUCAUCAUCAUCAUCAUCAUCAUCAUCAUCAUCAUCAUCAUCAUCAUCAUCAUCAUCAUCAUCAUCAUCAUCAUCAUCAUCAUCAUCAUCAUCAUCAUCAUCAUCAUCAUCAUCAUCAUCAUCAUCAUCAUCAUCAUCAUCAUCAUCAUCAUCAUCAUCAUCAUCAUCAUCAUCAUCAUCAUCAUCAUCAUCAUCAUCAUCAUCAUCAUCAUCAUCAUCAUCAUCAUCAUCAUCAUCAUCAUCAUCAUCAUCAUCAUCAUCAUCAUCAUCAUCAUCAUCAUCAUCAUCAUCAUCAUCAUCAUCAUCAUCAUCAUCAUCAUCAUCAUCAUCAUCAUCAUCAUCAUCAUCAUCAUCAUCAUCAUCAUCUCAUCAUCAUCAUCAUCAUCAUCAUCAUCAUCAUCAUCAUCAUCAUCAUCAUCAUCAUCAUCAUCAUCAUCAUCAUCAUCAUCAUCAUCAUCAUCAUCAUCAUCAUCAUCAUCAUCAUCAUCAUCAUCAUCAUCAUCAUCAUCAUCAUCAUCAUCAUCAUCAUCAUCAUCAUCAUCAUCAUCAUCAUCAUCAUCAUCAUCAUCAUCAUCAUCAUCAUCAUCAUCAUCAUCAUCAUCAUCAUCAUCAUCAUCAUCAUCAUCAUCAUCAUCAUCAUCAUCAUCAUCAUCAUCAUCAUCAUCAUCAUCAUCAUCAUCAUCAUCAUCAUCAUCAUCAUCAUCAUCAUCAUCAUCAUCAUCAUCAUCAUCAUCAUCAUCAUCAUCAUCAUCAUCAUCAUCAUCAUCAUCAUCAUCAUCAUCAUCAUCAUCAUCAUCAUCAUCAUCAUCAUCGUCGACGUCGUCGUCGUCGUCGCUCAUCAGUCAUCACGCUGCUUCCUCAACUGUACAAAAGAAGGGUAAGAAGCAUUUCUUUGACUUUACUUAUUUCUGUAUGUCUUGUGGCGAUCAUAAUAUGUAGUAUGACGUGA